AUGCACUCAAAGGUCAUCUUCUAUACAUGGGAUUAUUCAAGACCGGAUAACUCUUUGUUUGUUAGGAUAAGCAAUGCUGGCUUCAUGUUCAUUUUGGUAUAUGUCGACGACAUCAUCGUUACAGGCAGCAAUCCUAUCACUGUGAAUGAGGUUAUAGCUUCUCUUUCCUCUCGCUUUUCACUUAAAGAUAUGGGAAACCUUCAUUAUUUUCUUGGUGUUGAGGUGAUUCGAAGUUCUGAUGACAUUAUUCUCUCUCAAGCAAAUUAUGCCAAUGAAAUUCUAAAUGCUGAAAUGAUGUCUGAUUACAAAAGUGCUAAAACACCAAUGAGUAAUUCCGAGUUACUCAAACCCAAUGAUGGGGCUCAACUUAUAGAUGAAACUCAUUAUCGCCGAGUCUUAGGGAAACUUCAAUAUAUGUCCUUUACAAGGCCGGACAUUUCCUAUGCAGUUAACAAAUUGUCCCAGUAUCUUCGUGGUACAAUCCAGUUUGGCCUACGUGUGACUCCAAAUUGUGAUUUCAAUAUGCACAUGUACUCUGAUGCCGACUGGGCUGGAGAUCUCACUGACAGAUCUUCCACAUCUGGCUACAUUCUAUUUUUUGAUCGCAAUCCUAUCAGUUGGUCUUCAAAAAAGCAAAAAACUGUAGCUCGCACGUCAACUGAAACUGAAUAUAGAGCUGUUGCCAAUGCCCUUGCCGAGUUACUGUGGAUAAGAAACCUAUUACUUGAGAUGAAGCUCCCUGUCAGAGAUACCCCUACAAUCUACAGUGAGUGA